GGUGUUUCGUUAACCUUUUCGUUUGUGGCUUGGUGUAAGUGUAGACAAUUUAGAACAAAGGCAGAACACCAUGCUUGGUGGGAUGUAGUCAGUUAUAUCUUCCUCACUAUUUUGCCGGUACUUUUUUUUUUAAAUCAAGAAUGAAAAGAAGUAUUGACCUCGGUGAGAUUUGAACUCAGAAUGCGAUAUUACAAAAAUACCUAUUAGUAUUCUUGUUCAGCGCUUUAUCGAUCCUGCCUAUUCCUCGUAUUUUCGUCUUACUCCCGGUGUACACUAGUUCUAGACUAGAUUCGAACGAAGAAGGUUUAUUUUUUUCUACACAAAUUUAUUUACCAGAUCGUGGCACAUGUACUUUUGUUUGCUUCCUUUUAAGCGUGGCUAAUGCUAAGUCCUGAUGUGUAUACCUUUCCCAGCGCAGUUGUUAAAGGAGGAAAAGAAAGCCUGUCCCAUAAUGAUCUUUUCUCAUUUACUACAAGGGAGGGGUAAGGCGGAAAAAAAAAAUCUGUUUUGUAGUUUGAAAUAUAUGUAAGAAGACCGAAGGCACUAAGAAGAUUGUCCAUCCAGUAUUUUUGCUGAAGAUAUUUCUUCCUCAGGCAUCAUGGUUUUAGCUUCUGCUUCGAGCCAAAGUCACAUGGGGGGCUGGCAGAUGAUGGAAGAUGGUGAACACAACUAUUCCAUAGUCUUCAAUUUCGAGAAGCUCUUUGAUGAACCCUCUUUCAUGGAGUACAUGCUCAAGAAUUGGACCAAUUGCUUUAUUUAUUCAGUCAUCUACAUAGUUCUCAUCUUUGGUGGACAGUGUUGGAUGAAAGCCAGAAACAGAUUCGACCUCCGGCCUGCUUUGGCUGUGUGGAGUGGAACAUUGGCUCUGUUCAGCAUUGCAGGUGCCAUUCGUACAUUGCCGGAGCUGAUUUCAACGAUCCGAAACCGUAGCCUACAAUAUUCCAUCUGUGUACCAACAUACUUCCGUGGUGUAACUAGCUUCUGGGCAUAUAUGUUCACUGUAUCGAAGGUGUUUGAGCUGGGUGAUACACUGUUCAUAGUCCUCCGGAAACAGCAGUUGAUAUUCCUGCACUGGUACCAUCACAUUGCCACAUUGAUCUACGUCUGGUAUAGCUACACUGACCAUACAGCCCCUGGACGAUGGUUCAUGGUUAUGAACUAUAUUGUACAUUCUAUCAUGUAUACAUAUUAUGCUUUGCGAGCAAUGCGCAUCUAUCUUCCAGUGGUGGUUAACAUGACUGUCACAUCCCUGCAGAUUUUACAAAUGGUCGUUGGGUGCCUCAUAAACUACUGGUCAUUCCAAAUCAAAACACGAGGGGAGUACUGCAACCAGAGUUACGAUAAUAUAAAAUACUCAACUCUUAUGUAUUGUAGUUAUUUCUUCCUCUUUGCUCAUUUUUUCUACAAUGCAUAUAUUAGGAAACAGAAGCUUAUGAAAAAGGUUUCUUGAAAAAAAUGAACGUCAGCUCCAUCUGACAGGGUUGGAGUCAACACAUUUUUCUGAGCAUCUUUAAAAAAAAAAUUAAUUAGAAUAAUAAACUCAGAAAGAACACUCCUCACCAGUGUGUGUGUGUAUGUGUGUAUGUGUGUGUGUGUGUGUGUGUGUGUGUGUGGUGUGUAUGCAGGUGGGGGUUGUGUGGUUGAGGUGGGGAGUGAAAAGGAUAAGUUAAAAGAAAAAAGAAGGGAAACUGUAACAAGAAGAAAAAAUCCAGAACAAAUUGAAUUCAUGAUUUACUCAGCCAAGAAGCAAACAAGCAAAAUAAUAGACAUGCAAGAAAACUUUGCUAAAAUUGACGAAGAUGGAAAUAAUAAUUUUGACAUUACUUCAUCAGCUCUUACAAUGAAAUCCAUUUUUGUUUCUGCCUCUCUCUUUUUUGUUUCGUUUCUGCCCCCUCAUAUUAUUUAAAAUUAUUUUAAUCGUCUGAAGAAUUAAAUUUUCUGCUACCUUUAAAUAUAUAAAAACAAAGAAAACAA